AUGCUCACAAAAUUUGUAGCUGCUUCAGAAAAAAGACACAGUGACCAUGAUGCUGCAAUUCAAGAAACAAGGACCAUGCUAAGGAACCAGCAAGCAUCUAUUCACAAUAUAGAGACACAGCUUGGGCAACUUGCUCAACAAAUCAACCAAAGGUCACCGGGCGAACUUCCUAGCAAAACUGAAAAUAACCCACGAGGCGCGCAAAUAAACAUUGUCACAACAAGAAGUGGGAAGAUAAUCACUCCCCUGGCACCUAUUCAGACCGAGCCAUCCAAGAAAUCACAGAAGGAGGAGGCAGAAAAGCAAGCAGAAAACCAAGAAACACACUCUGACAGUCCUACUCGCCGAGUACCACGUAUGGACUCGGCGAGUACAUCACAAAAUCCCACUGCACAAAUUCCUGAAAAACUUUACCAGCCUCCCAUGCCAUACCCAACCCGAGCUAAGAAGGAGAAGCAGGAAGAAGAGUAUCAGAAGUUUCUAGAUCACAUCAAGACUCUUCAAAUCAAUAUACCCUUCAUUGAAGCCGUCAUGAAAAUGCCCAAGUAUGCAAAAUUCCUCAAGGAACUUCUCACCAAUAGAAAGAAGAUGGAAGAAGUGAAGAAGGUAGUAAUUAAUGAAAACUGCUCAGCUGCUAUGCUAAAUAAGCUACCAAAGAAGAAAGGUGACCCGGGGAGCUUGACCUUACCUUGCCAAUUUGGCAACUUGACCAUCAUUCAUGCCUUAGCCGAUUCGGAAGCAAGUGUGAAUCUAAUGCCAUAUUCAUUCUUUAAGAAGCUGGAUCUCCUGGAACCAAGGCCAAUUCGCAUGGCAAUACACUUGGCCAACAAAACAGUCACCUUCCCAAAAGGCAUAUGCGAAGACAUACUAGUCAAGGUGGACAAAUUCGUCUUUCCCGCUGAUUUUAUUAUUCUAGACAUGGAGGCGAAUCCACAAGUGUCAAUUAUCCUUGGAAGACCUUUCCUCAACACGGCAAGUGCUAUAGUAGACAUGAGGGACUCAAAGCUCACCUUGUGGGUAGGAGAAGACUCAGUCACAUUCGGAGUGGACCAAGCUAUGAAGUAUUCUAGGAGCAGUGACGACACGGAAUUCUCAAUCGACAUGCUUGAUGAACUAUUGGAGGAAGACAUACCUGAAGAUUCCAACAAGUUUGCAGCUUUAGAUGAAGCAUUUGAUCCAGAAAAGAUCUAUUAG